AUGGUCAAACUCGGUUCAGGAUUCUGUGAGUAUGAGCCCGGAAAAUGGUCCUACUGGCUGUACUGUCCGGACGAGACUCUUCCUAUUGUCUUUGCUGUCCUAUUUUUCGUUUCAGGUAUCGCACAUGCCUAUCAAGCAUGGCAUUAUAGAAACAAGUAUAUGCCAAUCUAUACACUUGGCUGCAUUCUCCUUACCGCCGGUCUUGUGCUUCGUGCUUACACCGCCCAAUCCAAAGACCUUCAGAGUUUGGGAUUGCUCAUCCCAUCUCAAGUCUUCGUCUAUUCUGGCCCCCCUAUUUUCUCUGCAGCUCUUUACUUUGUUUUCGCAAGGAUUUGUUAUUAUGUUCCCCAUGCUGCUCCGAUCACGCCGUAUCGUAUUGUUCGGACUUUCAUAUCCCUCGAUGGUAUUUGUGAACUCCUCGUCGGCGCUGGUACGGGAAUGUUCGUUAAUACCCAGGCCCCCGAGCGCCAAAAGAUUGGCCAGGGCCUCCUCCGUGCCGCUUUAAUCCUUCAAGUCCUGCUCAUCCUCGCCUUCGCCUAUUUUGCCGUCAAGCUCCAGAUCAAUGCGCAUCGUCUUGGCCUUAAGGGGAAAUGGAAGAACUCCUUAUAUACCCUCUACGUAUGCGAGAUCUUCAUCAUGAUCCGCUGUUUCUACCGUCUUGUCGAAUUCUUUGAGGGCAUUCCUGGGCAUCUCCUCCUCCAUGAGGCCUACUUCUAUGCUCUAGAGUGUAUCCCGAUGAUUAUUAGCGCGGGAUAUAUGAACUUUAUGCACGUGAGUAGAUGGUUGCCCCGCAGCUCGAAUGUAUAUUUGACGGAAGAUGGUGUGACGGAGGCUGAGGGUGAGGGUUUUCACGAUAACCGCCCCACCUGGAAAAAAAUUGCCGACCCAUAUGAUCUCGAGGGGAUAUUUGAGGGGCUUAAGAGCCUGGUUCUGACACUUGCGGGGAAGAAGCCGAAGAAAGAGAGGGUUGGAAGGCAAUUCGAGGAGGACGAAGUGCGGCUCGAGGCUAGGAAGAGUCCAACAGUGGGUCUAGAGGAGGGGAGAGUCUGA